CCUUAUUAGCUCACUCGCAGAUCGGAACAUUCCCGUAGUUACUUUGGAAGAUCACAUCGUCUCCUGAAAAAAUUAGCAGCUGCUCUGAGGGAAUCGAUGAAGAUCUUGCAAUUGAUAUUCCUAUUAGCUUUAACAACUGGAAUCUCUGCUGUUCUCAUCUACAUUAUCGGCGUCUCAAAUCUCUAUGAUUCCGUGGGUUUAGACGAAUCAAAUCGGCUUAGCAAUGAAGAUUUAGAGGCGUUGCAGUCCCUGCAGAACGGAUUCCAGAAGUGCGUCAGUGCAAAUGGCUUGGGACUACAAGCUGCUACUGGUAGAGAUUAUUGUAAAAUAUCAAUAAACUUCCCCAAGGAUACUGUACCCAAAUGGAAAGAUCCUAAGUCUGGAGAGCUUGAAGGACUGUCUUAUGAGUUUGACUUGUGCGAAGCAGUAGCAACUUGGGAACAAGUCAGGAAUAGCUCUACCAUACUCACUAGGGAAUACAUUGAUGCCUUACCAAAUGGAUGGGAGGAUUAUGCAUGGCGCAGAAUCAAUAAAGGAAUACAACUUAAUCGGUGCCAGAAUAGGUCUUUAUGCAUCGAAAAGCUUUCAUUGGUGCUACCUGAAACACCUCCAUAUUUUCCCCGGCAGUUUGAGCGAUGUGCUGUUAUUGGCAACUCUGGUGAUCUUUUGAAAACAAAGUUUGGAAAAGAGAUUGAUACUUAUGAUGCGGUUAUCAGAGAAAACGGUGCUCCAAUUCAAAACUACAAGGAAUAUGUGGGAGAGAAAAGUACAUUCCGUCUUCUUAAUCGAGGGUCAGCAAAAGCCCUUGACAAAGUCGUGGAGUUGGAUGAAAAAAAGGAAGAGGUACUACUAGUAAAAACAACAAUUCAUGAUAUUAUGAACAAGAUGAUUCGGGAAGUUCCAAUAAAAAAUCCUGUGUACUUGAUGCUUGGUGCUUCAUUUGGCUCAGCAGCUAAAGGAACCGGGCUCAAGGCUCUUGAAUUUGCUCUAUCGACUUGUGAUUCAGUGGAUAUGUAUGGUUUCACUGUAGAUCCAGGUUAUAAAGAGUGGACUAGAUAUUUUUCAGAAUCUCGGCAAGGACAUACUCCUUUGCAUGGUAGAGCCUACUACCAGAUGAUGGAAUGCUUGGGUCUCAUUAAAAUACACUCUCCCAUGAGAGCUGAUCCAAACCGAGUCGUGAAAUGGCUGCCAAGUCGCAAAAUAAUAAGAUCUGCAAGAAUCGCAGCGGAGAAGCUCCUAAGGAGAGUUGGAGCAGGAUCUGUAGACCCAUUAGCUUCAUGCUCGAUAGUAAAGAAGAGAAGCAAAAACGAGCGUCCAAUGGUCUCUCACCUCAGAAAACCUGCGAGGGACCAUCAGAAAUUUGUGAGAAGCACGACCAUGUACCCGUUGGAGCACAGUCCAGGACAUAGUCAGCUUUGCAUUACACCAGCUGACUAACGAAAAUGCUUAUAUAGAAAUCGUUUUUUUCCACCAUACACUAAAGCACACAACAGGCCGACGAUGGAUUCAAAAUCAAGUACAUCCCUCUGCAAUAUAGUUAUUAUAUGGAGUUCAAGACCAUCGAGGUCAGAUCUUUCUGGGUAAUCUCUUAGAGGUUAGGGAUUGAUUCUUUUGUUAUCCUGUUUAUCGAAGUUUUCUUCACCAGAGAUAGGUAAAUGUGAGAUAGAACUGGAAGCUAGAGGUCCAUGUCUAAUUUUAAUACAUAAGCAAAUGUUUAAUGUUC